AAUUUGGAAGUCUCUUGAUGUCUUGGGAAUUGUUACUUACACAUCAACUAUGGACAAGGAAGCCACAAUAAAAAACGUUAAGCUAGCAAUCUAGUGAGCUAGUAGUAGAUUAUUCUCUCAGAAGACAUAAUUAUAAGCAGUAACACAUAUGUCUGAACUAUGCCAGAUGCAAAGCAACGUUAAUUAACUAAUUGCUAAGUAAUCUAAAGAAUGCUAAUCCCAAAAUGGCAGCCAUAUUUGUACAGUUCAUUGAGAUCCUCGUCAUGGAGUAAAGACCAAAGAGACCCUAUAACAAGAGUUCAACGAAGGUGUAUUCUAAAGAUCUGCUAUAAGAGCCUGUUCUUGCGUGUGUGCAAAGGUGUGAACAAUAAGCCGAAUAGCGGGAAGGAAGACCCUACAAAGGGAGCAGCUAAGAGAGCUAAGUGCAAGUCUGGGACUUAAGCUCGAGCUUCCUUCUCUCUUUAAGUAGCUGCAUGCCAUAGUUCCCUCAUAGUUUUGUUCCUCGCUUUGGUUGAUAAGGAACAGGCAGUGCUUAGAGCUAGGUUAUUUAGGUUAGGUCAAUCUUGCGUUCAAGUCGUCGAGUGAGAUCCCUCUUCCACCUCCGGUGAUCAGUAGAAACCCAAGUCCUAGCUAGUUCCUGUCCAGUAAAGUCUCACCUAGCACAUCAGUCAUUAGGGUUUAGUACGCUCCUGAUAAUUAGGGCUAAGGUUAGCGCCACCGAUUUGUUUUACGGUGGUAAAGAUAUGGAGGAGAUCAGGAGUGAUGACAUGGAGAAGCAAGAUGAAGUUAUGUUACCUGGCUUCAGGUUUCAUCCAACUGAUGAAGAACUCGUUCGGUUCUACCUCAAGAGGAAAAUCCAGCAGAAGUCUCUUCCGAUUGAGCUUAUUAGGCAGCUGGACAUCUACAAGUUUGAUCCAUGGGAUCUCCCAAAACUAGCAAGCACUGGAGAGAAGGAGUGGUAUUUCUACUGCCCAAGGGAUAGGAAGUACCGGAACAGCACAAGGCCUAACAGGGUGACCGGAGCAGGCUUCUGGAAGGCCACCGGAACCGACAGACCAAUCUACUCCUCCGAUGGAAGCAAGUGUAUAGGCUUGAAGAAGUCUCUCGUCUUUUACAAGGGUAGAGCGGCCAAAGGUGUCAAAACAGACUGGAUGAUGCAUGAGUUCCGGCUACCAUCACUCACCGACCCUUCGUUGCCGCAGAAGAAGCCACUGGAGAAGACAAUUCCACCAAAUGAUUCCUGGGCAAUCUGCAGGAUUUUCAAGAAAACCAAUGCCACAGCGCAGAGAGCGCUCUCACACUCAUGGGUCUCUCCUCCCUUACCCAGCACAAAUGGAGCCUACAUUCCUCCCCACUUGCAGACCACACACAGAAGUCGACACAGCUCAGAGAACACAUCCUCUGCAAUGACCAACAUCAUCUCCUCCAACAUCCAGUUCAGCAGCAGUGGCUAUUUUCCUUCAAUAAUUUCCUCCUGUCAAAGCACUCUCAACAUCAUUGACAGCAUCAGCAGGCCAGCUACAUCCAUAGUUCUCCCCCCAUCAGAUGCAGAGCACCAGGCCAUGAGUAUCCUCUCAGCAAUCCCGCUCGAUCUUCCAGCUGGGAUGGACAUUGCAUCGAUGGUUAUGAACGCGUCACCCAUCACACUCUCCAACAUGGACAGAUCAGCCCCCAUGAACAUUGAGUUCGCGCAGCCGCAACAAUGCAACAGCAACAGCAACAUGAUCAGCAGAUGCGUGGUCGACUUGCCAGAUAUCGGCAACAACGUCGGCGGAGCUCCACGGUCCAUGAAUUUCCCAUUCAACAUGCAAGGGCCACUUUCUGAUGACUGGAGAGCGACCGUGCCUUGGGACUCGCUCCCUUGCACCACCGAGGCCUCGACGAAUUACCAGCCGACCAAAUGCUACACUUAGUUUGUACUCUGUAGCAAUGUAGGUUUUGUUUUAGAGUGGAGUAGAGAGUAGCACCUACCUCCAUCUGCUAGUAUCACAGUUAGCGUGCAGAAGUAUUAGAGUUUCGCUCUGUUAAAGUGAAGCUAACAGAACUGGUGUGUGCUACUAUGUAGGAUGAAUUCGUGCAACUAAUCACCCUUCUGUGCAACGUAGGAGCUGUUGUAGGUUGUAGCCGUGUCAUGUGUAAACAUAGCUCAGCUCCAAUUUUGUCCAUAGUUGCAUUGCAUGUACUGCAGAAUUGUGCUAUGUGUGUUUUCUGAAGGAACUGCCUAAUCCGAUCGUCUCCACUUCUUUUUUCACCUAGUUUUGAGAACAUGGAGAGUUUUCGGUGCACGUACCUUGUGUAAGAGGAUCACUAGUAUCAGAAGAAACAGUUUGCUUACACGACAUCGAGGAGAAGGAACGGUCCGCUUGCCUGACAACAAGGUCGUCGUGCGCGCAGUAGGACUUGGCUAUGAACUGGCGGCGAUUCAUACAGCCUGCCCUGGUUAGUUCAUGAAGCCUCGCAACUUGCGGCGCCGUGGCUCGUGCGCGCGAUCUUCUGCAGGCCUGCAGCGGCGACGGCGAGUCCCCCUUUGCGCGUCGGCACCAGGUAGCCUCGGUGGCGCAUUUCGCCGAACGAGCGGUGCGCGUUCACCAAGCACGGUUUGCGGCCUGCCAUGUAUGCAGGGAAGUUCUGCGAAUGGCAGCCGCCCCCGUCACUUGCUCGCAUCGAAUCUGCGGUAUCGACGGAGUACACGAGAGUUCUUGACGUUUACGGCGGCCGGCAGAUGAUUGAAAGAGCAGUUGCCGGCCCUGCCGCCAGAAGCU